CUCGUCUCCCACUUCUCAGUCUUAGGUUUCUUCACAUUGAUGAUUAUGGAUGAUCAUUGGUUCAGCAGGUUGCCUGAGUCCUCUGCAAAUGAAUCCGAGUUGGAGAAUGAGAUCAUUCUUUCCACCUUAAAAGAAACACGAGACAUUCCAGACAGCCAUAAGGAUGCCUCGUUGGUCACACGUGCUUCUAAUUUGGACUCCCAAUAUGAACACUACUCUGAUCCCACACUCGAGUACAUUAGCCAGAUGCUACUGGAGGAUAGUAAUAUCGAUGAGAAUAAUAAUCCCAGCGUGUAUUAUGACCCUAUUUCCCUUAGAGCUGCUGAAAAAUUCUUUUAUGACGCCCUCCAUCGAAACCCUUCAUCACCUAAUCAAGAACCUCUUUUUGCUAACACUAAAUCUGGAAGCCGGGACAGCACAUUUAGAAGCUUUAGUAGUUGUAACACCGGAUUAUCUAAAUCAUAUGAGGAGAGGUCAAAUGGUUCUUCAUAUAGAUUGAAUAGCAUUAUGAAUACCCAAAUGGACUCUUUGAACACUGUUAGUGAUACUGAGUCCAUCUUGCAGUUUAAGAGAGGUAUGGAGGAAGCAAGUAGAUUCCUUCCUUCCGAAUAUCAG